AUGGCGGCCGCGGUCAAGUCCCAGGUCCAGCUUGCGCUGGGCCUCCCUGCACGACUACGCACAUUCCUCGCGCGGUAUCCUCCAGCCUCGAUCCUGCCCACGGGCACCACCCCAGAAACAUACAAAACGGCCUACCAAGAAGAGACGCCGAACCCCUUCCUCCCGACCAAGCACCCGGUAACAGGCCGGUUACACGACCCGAAGUAUUCGUUGCGCCGACAGGCUGAGCUUGUUAAGCUCGCUCGCGAGCACGGCGUUGAGGAGCUGCUGCCGUUCACCCCAAAAGGCACCGAGGUCCGCCUGCGCAAGCGUGUCGAGUUGGGUUUACGGGUCAAGGGUACCGGCGUGGGCCAGAAGGUCAAAGGUCACAAGCACGAGAGGCAGUUGGGAAUCAAGAUGGACAAGAGGAGACAGGCUAUGUUGGAUAUGCCAGAUCUCAUCAGGGAAUGGAAAAAGGUUGGGAAACGGAAUUGGUCCAAGUUUCCCAAAUAA